CGCAGGCGCCGUGGCGGGCUCCGGUGCACUGUGGGAUGGAAACCGGAGCGGCGCGUCCUGGCCGGACCGGGCGGCGGCGGCGGGGCCGGCGGCGGCCAGGGACCCGGGCUUAGGCUCGGCCGGGUCGGCUGAGGGGCGCGGGCAGCGGACGCUGCCAUGAAUGCGGCGGUGGUGAGGCGGACGCAGGAGGCGCUGGGGAAGGUGAUUCGGAGGCCGCCGCUGACGGAGAAGCUGCUGAGCAAGCCCCCGUUCCGCUACCUGCACGACAUCAUCACCGAGGUGAUUAGAAUGACUGGUUUCAUGAAGGGCCUCUACACAGACACCGAGAUGAAGUCCGAUAACGUGAAGGAUAAAGAUGCAAAAAUCAGCUUCCUGCAGAAAGCCAUAGACGUGGUUGUAAUGGUUUCAGGAGAGCCACUGUUGGCAAAACCAGCCCGAAUUGUGGCCGGGCAUGAACCCGAGAGAACAAAUGAGCUGCUCCAGAUAAUUGGAAAGUGCUGUCUCAACAAGCUCUCCAGCGAUGAUGCGGUGCGGAGGGUGUUAGCUGGAGAGAAGGGAGAAGUGAAAGGACGGGCUUCACUGGCCCCAAGAUCUCAGGAACCGGAUAAUAAGAAUGUGCAAGAAGAAGAGCCCAGCGUUCACAAAGAUACGGAGGGUAGGAGAGAAUCUGAAAUAAAAGCGAGAAGUACAAGCAGAGAUCGAAAGCAGAAAGAAGAACUGAAAGAAGACAGCAAGCCCAGAGAAAAGGCCAAGGCCAAGGAGAAGGCCAAGGAGAAUGGUGGAGACAGACACAGAGAAGGGGAGAGCGAGCGAGCCAGAGCCCGGGCCCGGCCAGAGAGCGAGCGGCAGAAAGACAGAGGCAACCGGGAGCGGGACCGAGACCCUGAGCGCGAGAAAGAGACAGAGAGAAAGAGUGAGGGGGGAAAAGAGAAGGAGCGACUGAGAGACAGGGACCGGGGGCAGGAGCGGGACACGGGGAAGGACAGGGACAGGCGGAGAGCGAAAAAUGGGGAGCAUGCCCGGGACCCGGACAGGGAGAAGAGCAGAGAGCACGACAAACCUGAGAAAAAGUCAGCAAGCUCAGGGGAGAUGUCUAAAAAGUUGUCAGAUGGAACUUUUAAAGACUCCAAGGCUGAAACAGAGACUGAGAUUUCCACUAGAACAUCCAAGUCAUUGACAACAAAAACAUCAAAGCGGCGAUCCAAAAAUUCAGUGGAAGGAAGGAAGGAGGAUAAUAUUUCAGCUAAAAUUUUAGACUCCAUAGUGUCUGGAAUAAAUAAUGAGCCAAAUCAGGAAACAACAACUUCAGAAAUCGGAACAAAAGAAGCUAAUAUUAACUCAACUAGUAUUUCAGAUGAUAACUCAGCUAGUCUGCGGCAUGAGAAUAUUGAGCCCGACCCUGCAGUGAAGCAGAAAGGCGACUCCGCCAGUGAUGCAGAAGGAGACGCUGGACCUGCUGGCCAAGAUAAGACUGAGGUGUCAGAGAUUCCAGAAAUUCCUAAUGAGCUUUCAUCCAGCCUCAGAAAAAUUCCUCGGCCUGGGAGUGCAAGACCAGCACCUCCUCGGGUCAAACGGCAAGACAGCGCGGAAGCGUUACCGCUGGAGAGGUCAGGGAGUGGUAAAACCGUCUCCAAUGUGAUUAUAGAGUCACACAACUCGGACAAUGAAGAGGAUGAUCAAUUUGUGGUGGAAGCUGCCCCUCAGCUCUCUGAAAUGUCAGAAAUUGAAAUGGUAGCAGCAGUGGAACUAGAAGAGGAGAAGCAUGGUGGACUUGUGAAAAAAAUUUUGGAGACUAAGAAAGAUUAUGAGAAAUUGCAGCAGUCACUCAAACCUGGGGAGAAGGAGAGAUCUCUCAUCUUUGAGUCGGCAUGGAAGAAGGAGAAGGACAUCGUUUCCAAGGAGAUAGAGAAGCUCCGCAUGUCCAUCCAGACCCUGUGCAAGAGCGCACUUCCCCUGGGAAAGAUCAUGGACUAUAUCCAGGAAGACGUGGAUGCCAUGCAGAAUGAGCUGCAGCUGUGGCACACUGAGAACAGGCAGCACGCUGAGGCCCUGCAGCAGGAGCAGAGUAUCACAGACUGUGCUGUGGAGCCCUUAAAGGCCGAGCUGGCGGAGCUGGAGCAGAUGAUCAAGGACCAGCAGGACAAGAUCUGCGCCGUGAAGGCCAACAUCCUCAGGAAUGAGGAAAAAAUCCAGAAAAUGGUGUAUAGUAUCAAUUCGACCUCGCGAAGGUGAACACUCAAGUCACCCCAGUUUAAAAGCAAAAAGGAAGACAGAAAAUCGUUACUCUAAGUUCCAGUUUGCUAAGAAAAUGAACAGUUUACAAUGUUAUUAUCCAACUAAUUUUCAGAGCUUCAAAACUGUAAGCAUGUUAAGUGUAUUAAAAAAACCCAUGUUUUCUUACCUCCUUCCAGAUGAAAUACUGGCUAGUUAUAAAUAGCGCUUCCAAA